UGUAACAUCAGCCUCGCCGCUGAUAUAUUCAAAAAGAAAUUGGACCUCUACAGUGCUAAAAACUUCAACGAUUAAUAUAGGUCUACAGACCUCCUCUCCUCAUUACUGAAAACUGAACAAGUUAAUGUGUCGGCGGUCCUACUUUGAAGCGAACGCUACAUGUCUGACACAGGGCAAAUGAGUUCUAGGAAGCUAUCAACUUCAGGAGAGUCUUUAUUCCACGUACUGAGAGUUCCCAAGGGGGCAGCUGAAGAAGAUUUAAGGAAAUCAUACAGAAAGUUGGCUUUACAGUUCCACCCGGAUAAAAAUCCAGAUAACCCUUCAGCAGCUGAAACUUUCAAGGAGAUCAAUCGUGCUUAUCGCAUUUUAACUGAUCCUGUGAAACGGAGUAUUUAUGAAAAAUAUGGAAGCGUAGGCUUGUCUAUUGCAGAACAAUUCGGUGAAGAAAACGUGAAUACCUACUUUGUGCUUACAAAUAAAUGGUGUAAAGCACUUUUCAUCUUCCUCUUCUUAAUCACCGGUUGUUUCUUCUGUUGUUGCUGCUUUUGUUGUUUCAACUUUUGUUGUGGUUUAUACAAACCGAAACCACCACCGGAUGAAGAUGUUGAAGCAAAAAUGCAACUUAAUGAAGAAGAUCUUGAUGAUGUGACACCAAUGCAACAAGCAGCUCCACCGUAUAACCCUUCACCACCAUCUGGUUUCGGCAGUGACUUUGUUACUGAUCCCACAUCGAUUAGCGGCGGUGUCGGUAGCAGAUUUCCUUAUCCAACGCCUGUGACUGUAGCUCAACAACAACCAAUCAGUGGACGUGUAUACUAACUUAAUCUGCAACAACAAAUCCUAAUAAUACUGUCAGGCUAUCACAUAGAUAUACAUGCAUACAUAUAUACUAUGACAGAAAAAAGCGACGCAAUAUUCUUUUAAUCACUCAAUUUUUCCGAGUGGAUUGUCACAUUUUACCACACCGUGGAUAUAAUAUAUCUAUCUAUCCGUUUAUUACCUUUAGUUAUUCUACACUCAUGUGAGUAAUCAUGAGGUUGAUGAUGAUAAUGUUAGCAAUAAUAACUUUUCUUAUUAAUAACAUAGAAUAAUGUUUAGUCACAAACUUAUGAAUAUGAACCCAAUUAAUUACUGACUUGUUGUAUCAAUUGACUGAUUGAUCAACUAAUGCAUUUAUUUUGAAGACAAUCAUCAUUAUCCUAGAGAUUUCUUAGAGAGUGUGAACAUAUGAAACCUGUGAUUAUUAUUCUAUGCAUAUAUAUAAUAAAAACUACUAAUUGUGUCCACUACCUGUUAUUGUUGCUCUCGUCAUUGUGGUCUAUUUAACACUGAUGAAUUGAUAUAAUGGUGUGUUAGUAGCAGUAGAGAGUUAUAUAUUAGCAGAAAGGAAUGAGAAGUCACUAAUACCACUAACAUCACUGUUAUCACGUUGUUUAAACAUUCCAAGGUGAGAAUAUUUAUUUUCGUUGUUAUUUGCUGUUGUCCUCUCUAUUUUCGACUCUCCAAUACCUUGGUUGCUUUAUUGUGUGUUCUUCUUAAAAGGAGUAAUUGUCUGUGUGCGUUUAUGUGGUGUUCAUUUUCCUCCGCGGACGGUUGAAAAAUAUUAUUCAUUUUUUUACAUGAGUGUGUGGAUACGUGUGUGUUUUCCUCUUUAUUGUCAUCUUGUAAACCAUGAGAUCAGCUUAUUUUUGUCCAUGUUUACGUUCCCACUUUGUUGACUAUCUCUUUACCCUCAUUCAGUCUAUUGUCGAUCUAAUCCAUAUAUAUGUGAAGGAAGUGCUCAAAGCCGCGCAUACAUCAAAUCAUAUUUAUUUACUUAAAAUACAGGGGAUAUUUUGCUUCUUCUCAACUUAUAUCUCCCUCUCUCAUUUCAUUUAUUACCUUUUUUCUGUUGUCAAAUAGUAAGUGUUUAUUAGUUUUCUAUGUGUCUAUUUUGUUUUGUCUUUUUAAUGAUGAUUUUAUUGAUGAAAGAUGAUUGACUCGUUAUCUGUAUAUUGUUAUCAUUAUUAUUAUUAUCGUUCCUCAUCAAAAUUCGUCUGGUCAACGUAAAUAUAAUCAUUAUACACUCGUCAUAUUGGUUUUUCGAAUAAGAUUUCUUUCUGUUACCUGUUUCUUAUUUAUAUUUAUUCAACUAGUCCAUAUAUAUAUAUAUACAUCUCUUUUUUGUUUCCUAUUGUUAUCAUAAUUUCUAAAAUACGAUCAAUUUAUCUAAUAAAUAUAAAAGUAAAUGUGCAAUUAACCAGUUAAUAAAAUAAUUCAUACGAAAAAAAUCAGAUAUUCUUAUUAUAAGCUAGUCCCCUUUAUUUGUAGGAAAAAGAUAGAGAUAAUUGUCAAGACUGCUAAACUGAAGUAGAUGAAUUUUCUUAGUGAACCACUCACUGUUUUUCAUUCUUUUAACCUAAUGAUCUAAUCCAUAAGGCAAGGGAUCACCAACGUUAGGGGCCGUUGUCCGUAAUCAGAGUAGAUUCAUUUGUUACUUAUUCCCUUAGCAUUUUAGAACCUAUGUGUACCCAACUCCUAUAAAUAAAUCCCCGAUUUAAUCCCACAAUGUUGAUUUUCACACUCCUCUUUACGCUAAAGAAGCGAGAUUUCUGUGGAAGUGACUAUAAAGCCGCCUCAGUAUGAAGAGC